AUCUUUUGAAAAAAUCUAAAUUCCAUUGAAUUGCAUGAAUUUUGUUGUUGUUGGUGUGGAUAUGUACAAGACAUGACAAUUUUAAAUAAAUUGAAUCGAUCAAAUUUCAUUCGAUUACAGGAUUUACUCAAGAUCGAACAAAGAUCGAAAUAUUUGUUCAAUUCAAUCGAAUCAAACAAUAAUCAUUGGUAUCAAGAUGGUAAAAAACCUAUAUCAACUGCAAAUCAGCAUCAUCAUCAUUCAUCUAUUUUAAAUCAUCAUAUGAAUGAUAAAAAACCGGAUGAUUAUUCAUAUGGUAAACGUGAUUAUCAUCAUAAUAAUAAUAAUCAUGUGGUAGAUCAACAAUGUCAACAAAUAAUUCGAGGACGAUUAUAUCGUUGGAAUGAUGUUUUGUUUAGUUCAACAUUCAAUGAAAUUGUUCGUCUUGAUUCAUCAAUAAUCGAUGAUAUUACGCAAUAUAGUCUAUUUCGUGAAAAGAAUUUUAUCAAAUCAUUUGAUAAAGGAUUCUUUUCAUUGAUGCCAUUUGUUGUUCGAUCAUUAGAACGUCUAAUCGAUUUAGUUGAUCAACAAAUGUUUAAAAUUGGUGCACAAAAAAUUCAAAUGCCAUCGAUUGUUGGUAAACAUUUAUGGUUACGUUCAGAACGUUGGCAAUUAUCCGGUCAGGAAAUAUUUCGUGUUAAUGAUCGUCAUCAAUCGGAAUAUUGCCUGGCACCAACACAUGAAGAAGUUGUUACACAAAUAUUAGCAUCAUGUAAUCAAUUAUCACAUAGACAAUUACCAAUCUAUUUAUAUCAAAUAUCACCAAAAUAUCGUGAUGAAUUGCGUACAAAAUUUGGAUUAUUACGUGCCAGAGAAUUUAUUAUGAAAGAUUUAUAUACAUUCGAUAAGGAUGAAGAUACGGCCAAACAAACAUAUCAAUUGGUCAGUUCAAUGUAUGAAAAUAUAUUUCGUUUAUUAGAAUUACCUGUGAUUAAAACAGUUGGAUCAGUCGGUACAAUUGGUGGUAAACAUUCACACGAAUUUUUACUUGAAACAAAUCUUGGUGAAGAUGAAAUGUAUACAUGUUUAAAUUGUUCUGAAUCAUUUAAUGCUGAAUUAUUAGAUGAUAUUAAUGAUGAUCAACAACAACAACAACAACCAUAUUGUUUAAAUUGUAAAAGUCAUCAUUUAACCACAAAACGUCGUGCAUUAGAAUUGGGACAUUCAUUUUUAUUAUCCGAUCGUUAUUCAAAACGUAUGGGUGCCAUAUAUUUAGCUGAACAUUCAAAUAAACAAAUACCAUUACAAAUGGGAUGCUAUGGCUUGGGUAUCAGUCGUAUAUUGGCCGCAUCAGUUGAAUAUCUAUCCUGUAAAUAUCAACAAUCAUUAUCAUCGGAUUCUGAAUCAUCGGCACAAUCAUCAUCAUCAUCGCAAUCACAAUCGGCAUCGACGUUAUAUGAUUCAGCAUCAAAUUCAUUAUUUUUACGAUGGCCAAAAUUAAUUGUACCAUUUAAAAUUUGUUUAAUAUUACCGAAACGUGAUAGUAAAGAAGAUCAUGGAAAAGGUACAGAAUUUUCAAUGCAUUUAGCCAAUAUUAUUCGCGAUCGUUUUGGUGAAGAUAUUCUUAUUGAUGAUCGUUCAAAUCUGACCAUUGGUAAACGUUUAUUAACAGCUAAAACAAUUGGUAUACCAUUCAUAUUGGUAGCCGGUCGUAAUAUAAUCGAUGUACGGCCAAAAUUUGAAGUAUUCGAUAUGUAUAAUGUUGGUGAUGAUUCGAUUGAUGCCAAACAACAACAACAACAACAAGGUCGUCUAAUGACACAGGCAGAAAUUCUUGAUCAUCUUAAUAUUCAUCUAAAACAUUUUCAAUUGAAUAAAGAUUGAUUGAAUUUUUUUUUAUAAUUU